UCAGGCAUUGUUUAGGACAAGCCUGUGGGACCUGAAGGGGCUUUGUUACGCAACCGCGAGCAGUUGCGAGUUGGCUACAAGUUUCAAAGAUGCCGCCCAAGGGAAAAACCGGUUCUGGAAAAGGGAAAGGGGGAGCAGCUUCUGGAAGCGACAUUUCUGACAAGAAGGCUCAGGGUCCCAAAGGUGGUGGCAAUGCAGUAAAGGUCAGACACAUUCUAUGUGAAAAACAUGGCAAAAUCAUGGAAGCCAUGGAAAAGUUAAAGUCUGGAAUGAAAUUCAGUGAAGUGGCUACACAAUACAGUGAAGAUAAAGCCAGGCAAGGGGGCGACUUGGGUUGGAUGACCAGAGGGUCCAUGGUUGGACCUUUUCAAGAAGCAGCAUUUGCCUUGCCUUUUUUGGUCGGGGCUGGGUUUGAACGCGCCACCUCCAGCAUUUGGGGCCAGUGGCCUACUCCUUUGAGCCACAGGCACCACCUCUGGUGACUCCUUUCUAAUGUGAGUUUUUAAAAACAAGCAUCCAUACCAGUGUGGGAGGAAAGAAUGGUAGAGCGGGAUAAGGAAGUCUGCUCUAUUGGUAAUAAAGCUCCAAG